AUGAGGCGAAGGCAAGAAGCGGGGCAUGCUCGAGUGGGCAGCGCGCCGUCUCGCCCGGUGGCCAGUCCAACGUGGCAGGGCAAGAUGCAGAGGAAAUGGCGUAAAUUCCUGCUCUCCAUCAGGGGCUCCCUUUCGUCGCGACAUCUGCUUCUCCAGUUCCUCGUCCAGACCAUCAAAGAGAUCAAAGCGCGCAAGGUUAACUUUUGUCUGGGCUUCCUGGCUUGCUUCCUCGUGGUGAUGGUUGUUGCCUUCAUGGUCACCAUUCUGGCCAACGCUCCUGUGAUCUUCCUGCGGCUGGCCGAGCUCACCCAGGGAGAGACGGACGUGAUUCUGAGUGCUGGGGACUGGAGCGGUUAUGGCGCACUCAAUUACACCCUCAUCAGUGGUAUGCUCAAGGAGGACACAACCACCUCGUACAACUCUCCUCGGUAUCAGGGCGAAACGUUUCUGUACACACAAAAGCGCUGCGCGGCCGGGUUAGAUCCCAACGACUCGACCUGGAAGUACCUGGGCACCAACACCACCUACGAAUGUCCUGAUGACGCCGACACGUGCAGCGACGCCGACAAGAUCUGGUGCUACGAGCAGGCGCCCGGCAAGUGCUUCCAGGAUCUAUGCGGCACGUCAGCGUUCCAGGCGAAGCUCUACGUCGUGGAUUCGGCCAAAGAGAAGCGGAUCGGCAUCGGCCGAGAGUGGACCCUGGGUUCCAUUCAGGAGGGCAAGGUCUUCAUGAUCAGUGACAUCGCCGCCGCCAUGGGACUCAAAGAGGGCAGCGUGUUCUACAUGCACAUCAACAUGAGCAACUACAUGCCCGGCGUCUACGAGCACGUCGUGCUUCCGCACCUGCCCGCCAACGCCACCGUGAAGAACAGCAGCGCCGAGGUUCGCUGGGGCUUCUGGAACGGCUUCAUUCCUCUUCGUGUUCAAACCAUCUACCGAGACCCGGUGGGGAAGCACCCGUUGGACGAGGAGAACGUGAUCAUCAUGGAAUACGCCCAUUUCCUACCCUAUAUCACGCGAUACCUGCACCCGAAGCUGCCCGAGCCUGUGAGCCAGGAGUUCAAGCAAAUCAACCUCUACGACUUCGCGCAGCAGGUGGUCAUCAACCUCCCACCGCCACGCAUUCAAUUCUACCUCCAGAGCGACUACGACAAGAUCCAGAGGGCUGUGGUGGAGUUCUCGGCGCGCAUUGUGUACAAGCUGGGCUUUAGCGAGCUCCUGACGGACAUGCCGGUCACGGACUCGCUCAACGUCACCCAGUACUUUUCGCUGUUCCUGGGCCUCAUUCUCAACGUGGUGAUCCUCAUCCUGCUGCUGCUCUCGACCAUGCUCAUCUACUCGCUGCUCAUGGUGAACGUCGAGACCCGCACUUUCGAGAUGGGCGUCUACCGCCUGGUCGGUGCCACCCGUGGCGGGAUUGUGCAGCUGUUGCUGAUGCAGGCCUUCUCCUACGCCGUUCCCUCGUGGGUCUGCGGCCUGCUGUUCUCCGAGGCCCUCAUGAUGGGCGUGUCGGUGUGGUUCAAGGAGCAAACGGGCGUGCCCAUGGAGCCAGUCCUCACGCCGUUGGCGGUCUUUAUAGCCACGCUCCUCGGCAUCUUCGUGCCCGUUGUGUCCGCCAUCUUCCCCAUUCGCCAUGCACUGGGGCAAAACCUGCACGACUCUCUCGACACCAAGCGCCAAAAGGCGUUCACUAACACUGGUCUCGCAACGCAACGCAACGCAACAGUGCAAGCGGUGUCGGUUGACUUGGAGCGUUCCGAGGACAAGAGCUUCUCGUGGUCGCUGAUGAUCAUCGGCCUGUCGCUGUCCGGCUUUGGCUUCGCCGUCUACUACGUCGUGCCGCUCUCCCUGCUCACCAUGGACCUCACCCUUCUACUCAACAUCUUCUUCUUCAUCCUCAUCGGAAUGUUGAUGGGCCUGGUGCUGCUGUCGCUUAACCUUGAGCCGCUGCUGGAGCGACUGCUGGUGAACGGCCUCCUCUUCUGGGAAAAGGCCACCAUCCGCGCGAUGGUCAUCAAGAACCUGGUGGCCCACCGCAAGCGCAACACCAAGACGACCAUCAUGUACGCCCUGUCGCUGGGGUUCAUCAUCUUCAUCAUGGUUUCGUACAACAACCUGCUCGACGGCUUCGCCUACCAGCGCGAGCAGAGCAGCGGCGUCUACCUCAAGGUCAUGGCGCGCGGCACUGUCGACAAGCCCAAGACGCCGCUCGACUGGCGCCACCACAUCCGCAACGUCCAGGGCCUGGAGGACUACCUGCGCAACCACACCCACAUAAUCAAGGACCAUUCGUGGGUCACGCACCACUACAACGACGCCUGGCAAGACCACGGCGGUCCGGUCCUGGAAAAUCUGGGCAGGUCGGUCUCCGAUACGAAUCAGAUGCAAGGCGUUGCGCCCAACUUCAUGGAUGUGCUGUUCAACGGGUUCUUGAUCCUCAACGAAGGCUCGGAGUACAACGGUCUGGACAUGAGCCUUAGCGAGCAGCUCUACACGCCGGACGGAUCAAGCCGCGCCUGGGUCGGCACCCGCUACAAGGACUUCAUCGGCCUGCGCAACACCGAGGGGCGGUUCAUGUGGCGCUUCUCCGGCCAGACUGGCGGGCCGGCGGACGACAGCGCAGGAAGCGGCGGAACCGACGGCGGCGCCACCGGAGGCAAUGCGGGUGGUGGCGGCAACGCUAACCCGGGCUUCGUUACGGCGAGCCCUCGUCGCCCGUACGAGGAUCGGGUGGUGAUGCGCCCUUUGGCCUUCUUCGACGCGGCGCCCUUCUUCCGCUUCUCCAAGUUUAACUCCAGAUACCAGCACACCGCCGUCUCCUUCACCACCUGGCUGCGCCAGUCUGAGUGGACCACACAAUCGAUCUUCUCGGUUGACGAUCUCCCGUGGAGCGAGCUGCUGUUCAAAAUCGACCAGGACGACGCAGAAGACAAAGCGAAGCGAGAACAGAUCAAGAGCGACGUCAACAAGCUCAUCAAGGGCCAAGAGGGUGUCUACAUCUACGACCUGAGCGGGAGCAGCAACCCCAUUCAGAAGGCCGACAAUCUCCUCACGGCGUUCUUCGGCUUCACCACGGCCGUGGCCAUGCUCAUCGCCUCCUUCUCUCUCGUGUCCUCCAUGUACACCAACAUCUACGAACAGACCAAGGAGAUCGGUGUGGUACGUGCUAUCGGCAUGCGUCAGAACUGGCUCAAGCGAAUCUACAUGUACGAGGCCUUCAUCCUCGUUCUGUCGUCGUCCCUGCUCGGCAUUAUCAUCGGAAGUGCUGUGGGGUACACGUUGCUGCUGCAAAGGAUUCUGUUCACGCAGCUGGCGCUGCCGUUCCGCUUCCCGUGGCAGAUCCUGAUCAUCGUCUUCACCUGUUCGCUCAUCUUCGCCUUCGUCUCCUCCUUCGGACCCAUCACGACCGUCAUGAAGCGGUCCAUCGUCCAGAUCCUUCGCUAUUAG